AUGCAACAGAAUAAAAGCACAAGCCCAAAAUAUGGUUCUCAUAGCUCCAGAGUAAAUCCUCCAGCUGCAGCCGCGGGAAUGCCAUUAAAAUCUCCAUCAAAAAGCUCUGCUGCAGGAAUGUUCAUUUGUCCUGGUGAUUCCAUCUGUCCACCAAUGUUGAGAUUAUUGAUGAUACCAUUUUACGAGGUUUGUGAGGAUGUUGGAGUCGAAGUAGAUAGGAAAGUAGCUUGGGAAACCGGGAGCGAGACGAACGAGUGA